UCCUCCACACCGCUACACCACAGCUGUCAGCUGACUAAACCAAACAGGAGAGCCUCCUUCUCUGCAGCCGGAAACAUCAUAUUCAUUCAUGCCCAGCUGCGCGACCAUGAAGAAGAACAAAGGCAAAGCCAGCAGUACUAACGAAAAGGAGUUUGUGUUUGAGUUCAGGGCAGGGCAACACAACUGUGUUCUCAAAGUGCCUCUGCAGUUUCCUGUUCAAGAGAUCAUCAAUGACCUCCAUGGACGCCUGAUGCUGCUGCAUAAAAUACCCUGCUACAUAGAAACCGAUCUAAAAAGCUCCCUUUCCAGCUUCGUUGAGAAGGAGACCAUCCUGGAUUAUGACAGAGAGGCAGAGCUAGCGCUGCAGAGACUCACAGCAGGAGACGUGGAUAUAAACCAGCUGACCAACGCAUGGACCAGGUCUUAUGUGGAGACUACGCUGGAACACGCUCGUCCCGAGGAGCCCAGCUGGGACGAGGACUUUGCCGAUGUUUACCACGAGCUGAUCCACUCCCCUGCCUCAGAUACCCUCCUCAACCUAGAGCACAACUACUUUGUUAGCAUCUCCGAGCUCAUCAGUGAGAGAGACAUGGAGCUAAAGAAGCUCCAAGAGAGGCAAGCAUCUGAAAUGGACAAAGUGAUGCACGAGCUGGGGAAUACAUUGAGUGACCAUGAUGUAAAUGCAGUGGCCUCUCAACAUUUUGAUGCACAACAGGUCUUGGAGAACAAGUGGGCCAGUGAGCUGAAGCAGGUGACAGGCAUUCAGAAGCACGAGUACCAGCAGUGGGUCAUCAGUCUGCACCAGGAUCUGCAGAAGUCCAACAGCAGCCAGAUCACGGAGGAGAUCAAGGUGCAGCCCAGCCAGCUGCUGGAGGUUGCAGACCCCGGGGCCCGGAUGUUUGAGGAGCAGCCUCAGCUGGAGGAGAGCUUCACCAUACACCUAGGGGCCCAGCUGAAGACGAUGCACAACCUGCGGCUGGUCCGGGCCGACGUGCUGGACUUCUGUAAACACCGUCAGCACAGCAGCGGGGGGGCAAAGCUGAGGCGUCUGCAGACGGCCCUGUCGCUCUACUCCUCCUCCCUCUGUGGGCUGGUGCUGCUGGUGGACAACAGGGUCAACUCCUACAGCGGCAUCAAGAGAGAAUUUGCAACUGUGGCGAAGGAGUGUACAGACUUCCACUUUCCCUUCCUGGAGGCACAGCUGGACGAGGUGCAGCAGGUGCUGCUCUACGCCCGAGCCCAGCGGAGCAGCAAGCAGAAAGAACAGCCAGAGAUACCAAGGAAUGGAGGUGACGAUAAGAACAAAAAUGUUGAAAGAAAUCCAUCUAACAUCUUACCAGGUGAGUUUUACAUCUCGCGGCACUCCAACCUGUCCGAGGUCCAUGCUGUCUUCCACCUGUGUGUGGACGAUAAUGUGCGUUCAGGAAACAUCACGGCGCGAGACCCGGCCAUCAUGGGGCUGAGAAACAUCCUGAAGGUCUGCUGCACACAAGACGUCACCACGGUUACCGUCCCUCUGCUGCUGGUCCACGACAUGUCAGAGGAGAUGACCAUACCGUGGUGUCUUAAGAGAGCAGAGCUGGUUUUCAAAUGUGUCAAAGGCUUCAUGAUGGAAAUGGCCUCAUGGGAUGGAGGAAUAUCACGCACCGUCCAGUUUCUAGUGCCAAAGAGUAUCUCAGAGGAGAUGUUCUACCAGUUGAGCAACAUGCUGCCUCAGAUCUUCCGUGUCUCCUCCACCCUGACCCUCACCUCAAAGCACUGAGAGAUGGAUACAGAUGGACCACAUUGCAUCCACGAGGCAUUCCAACUAACAGAGACUCAUUUAUAAUAACAAUUAUACAACAAGGUUUUCUUUUACAUCAAGAACUGUAGAAUAAAUAAGUGGAGGUUUGAUGAAGUAGCACAUACAGUAGGCCCUAUUCAUUCAAACGGGGCCAACACAAUAUGGUAGCAUCAAAGCGCUUACUGUAGUGGUUUAAAAGAAGGGAUUUUAAACCAGAUAGAACAUUUCUAUCCAGUUGUUGAGCCUUGUUAUUUUGCACCUUCUGAUGCUGUAGAUGCUUGUUACUGAGAGAGGACGGGAUUCAGUGGCUCUCCAAAGCAGCUGCUGCAAUUAUCAUUUCAGGCCUCCGGGGUGCGGUCAUGGUGACAGAGUUUUAUGACAUCAUGACAUCAGCCGCCAGUGGGUAUUUCAGUUUCCUUUAAUGCUGCAAUCUGUAACUUAACGCAUGUUCGAGCUGCAGCACAACAAGGACCCAGCAUUGUGGUGGUUAAGUUGUUUUAACUCUGAUACAAACUGAAAUUGCCAUCAACGGAGCGAAAAAGUAAAUUGGAAUACACAGUAUAGUUUACUAAAGCGAUGAAGCUAGAUGAAACUGGCAAUGGCCAUUAGACAGGUGAGACCUAACUGUUAUAGCAACCAUUGUAAUGUUGUAUUAAACAUUACCAUACAGAUGGAUCUAAUAUCACUAUGUUGGUUAUAAAAAUAACAUCACAGAUCUCUGCUUUUAUUUUUUGGUGUUUUGAUGGACAGUAUUCGGUCCCACAUUUCAUCUGUUUUUUGUUUGCAAAUUAGUUUUGAUGUAUGAUCACAAGGAGUCUAACCAAUGAAAAUGUAGCUUUAUAUUUAAGGGCUGAUUCGACCAGAGAGAAGUAACUAAACGUGGCUCUUUAAGUCCUAAAUGAAUGCUGUUGCUGCUGAGAUGAGCAACACACAGGUGUUUUUUAUACUGCAUUGCAGUGAGUUGUAGUGAGGAUCACUCUUUGCGUGUGUCCCUCCCCUCUACCUCUGUAACAGCAGAUGGCACUGUUCCUAAAGACAAAGAUGUGAAAGGGUAACUACACAGGCACUUCUCUUAUUAAAAGAGAUACAAACGUAAAGCAGCAUCUGUCGCCAGUGGAAAUUCAUCUCAAGAAAUGUUCAUAUUCAUUGUUAGCAGGGCUCCUCUGGAACAUCCAUCCUCAGUGGUCUCGCAUCUUCAGCUGUUAAGGUUUGUCAAAUGUGUGACACUUUAAAUCAAAUGUGUGCUCUGUAUAUUUACUAUAUAUGUUUACAUUUUUAUGUUUUAAUACAUGUACAACUGAUAUGUCAAUUUCUUAAGCUCAUAAGCUCAUGACAAACUUUGAUAUUUUGACUGACUUACAUUUUUUUCUCCCCAAUGAUACACUUCUGGUGGCAUUUCUUUCAGCAUUUUAUUUAGUGUUGAUGGGUUAUCCACCGGCACAUAAUCUCUCUGAAGUUAAUAAUCCACGUAAUUCAUUGGAAUUGCAUUCCUCCUUCAUCUAUUGGUGGCCUCUAAGCCAUUUCAGACAGACUGUAAUCAAUUCAGCAUGUCAGGAAAGUUUGCCACAGCCACGUUCAGCGGUGGAAUUAUGAAGAUUAAAAGAGUUGAGAGUUUAGCAAUCAAAGCAAGUUGCCUUCCCUUUUCUCAAGAUAAAAACAAGAAGGCCAGCAGCCCUGAGAGAUUUAUGAGAUUGAAUAGCAACAUAGCAUGUUGAAACCUGCAACUGUUUAUAUCAUGCUGCCAUGCUGGUAACCCACAAAAUUGUAAGAAUAUGUAUCGCGAGUGUUUGUCAUUCUUGGGAUUGGUCUCAGUGGCCUGCAGUGUUGGGUUUCCUUGAGAAGAGAGCGCAGUGUGCCGAUUCAGCAUGACGGUCCACCUCUCCCUCCUCUCACUUCUGUGUCACAUGAGUGAAAAUGAUCAGAGCAACAUUCAAUCACUUGAUAUGACCAGUAUGAAUUCCUAUAGAGGUUUCCUUAAAGAACUACAACACAGAACCAACCCCCACUAGAGGUCGGCAAAGCUUCACAUGAAGCCUUUUUAAUUUUAAGGGACAGUUCACCCCAAAUAAUUGUUUUCCUCUUAAAGGAUCAGUGCUUUUUUUUAAAUCAAUUUCUAUUGUUGUGAGUUGCCCAUUGUUGGAGAUAUCGUGCAUAGAGUUGUCUGCCUUUUCUCCAAUAUAAUGGAACAAGAUGGUGCUGUGCAAAAAACAUACAUAUAAAAUGGGGUCCUCAUUGGCUGGGCUGUAACAUUAGCUAGCUCAGGUGAGCUCAGGAGAGGAUGUCUAGACACUGCUCUGGUUUCUGAAUGUUUAUAUUCAGAAAUAUUGACUGAAUUUUGAUAGGCCAUUGGAAUAAAA